AUGAAGUACAUGGUAAUACUUUUAAUAAGUCUUGGAAUGACAUCUGCCGUUUCAUUUAACUUGGUGAGAAGACCAAUUGAAAAAAGAGAUACUCCGUUGGAAGUACUUCGUAAUGCGAAAAAUGCAGCCAAGGAAGCCACUAAGGCCAAAUUAUUAGACCAUUUAACCAAGACAGACAGAUUGCGUAUGUUAGAAAAGCAAUAUGAAAUAGAUGUAAUGAGUGGAUUGGUUAGUAUCAAGGAAGAAGAUGAAGAUGAUACAGAAGAGGAGGACACAGAAGAUGAGACUGAGCAAGAAAUGGAUUCUUUUGAAGAGGUUUUUGAUGAAGAAAAUCCUGAACAUCGAUACAAUGCUGGGCGUACGUCAAAAUUAAAGGAACAACCAGAAAUUUAA